AUGGCAUCUGGUCGAAUUUCGUUUCAAAAUAAAUAUCGAGCUGCAGCAGCAGAACGUUAUAAACGACGUUAUUAUGAUGCACAACGAUCACAUUCUAAUGAUGAUCUAUUAGCCGAAGAACAAGUACAAACGAUGAUUACCUUUCAAAAUUCUGAUAUUGACUCAAUUGGUCUCUCGGAUUAUUAUUCACGCACAUUGGGUAGUAGCAGGCUAAAAAAUGGCGAAACAAAUGGUAAUGCACAUCAACGUACACGUCAUCCGAAUUGGUCUAGUUUAGGUAGUCUUAAUAGUUUUGGUGAUUCAACAACAACUCCAUCAUCAUCACAAGGACAUACAGGUAGUGGAGGAAGUAAUACUGGUGGUAGUGGUACUAGUGCACAAAAACGUGAAACAUUACAUAGUCGAUUUGACUUUAAACAAACAUUAGGUAAAGGUACAUAUGGUAAAGUAAAAUUGGCAUUAGAUAAACGUAAAAAUGAACAAGUAGCAAUAAAAACAAUAAAAAAAUCCCGUAUUGAAAAUCCACAUGAUUUAGCAAGAAUUCGACGUGAAAUUGAUUUUAUGACGAGUCUUAAUCAUCCAUAUAUUAUUAAAAUAAAAGAAGUUUAUGAAAGUCGAGAAAAAAUUAUUCUUGUUAUGGAAUAUGCAAGUGGUGGUGAAUUAUAUGAUUAUCUUAAUCGUAAGAAACGUAUACCAGAAUCUCAAGCAAGAGCAAUAUUUCGACAAAUUGUAUCAGCUGUUCAUUUUCUUCAUAAAAAUCAUAUUGUUCACAGAGAUCUCAAAUUGGAAAAUAUUCUAAUUGAUCAUAAAGGAGAUAUCAAAUUGGCAGAUUUUGGUCUAAGCAAUAGCUGGUCACCUCGUCAAUUAUUACACACUUUCUGUGGAUCUCCACUCUACGCUUCACCAGAAAUCGUCUCCGGUACACCAUAUCGUGGUCCCGAAGUCGACUGUUGGUCAUUAGGCGUUUUGCUAUAUACACUUGUUUUUGGUACGAUGCCAUUUCAAGGUGGCGAUUAUAAUCGACUAGUACGCAAUAUAACUACAGGAAAUUUUAUUCAACCUCGUGAACAAUCAGGCGCGCUCGAUCUUAUACGUAAAUGUCUUACGGUAUCACCAUCAAAACGUUUUAAUAUUGACAAUAUUACUGUUCAUGAAUGGAUUAAUGUUGGUUAUGAUCGCCUACCUAUGCAUUAUUAUCUUCCUUCAACAAUGCAAAAAAAUAAUAAUAUGUUACCAUCUCAACCAACAUCAUCAAAACCCAAGGAAACACCAAAAACAACACCAAUGAAGUCUAAAACCAGAUCAAAAUCUAUUCAAGCAUCUGUUCCUAGAUCUACUUAUCCUCCUCCUCCUCCUCCCUCUCUUCCUCCUCCUGUUGAUCCCCCUUCAGUUACUGUACCUCGACCAUUAUUGAAAAAUGAACGAAUAUCAAAUGCUGGAUCAAAAUUAAAACCAUUGACAAAUGGAAAUCAUCAAAUAAGCCAAUUUAAUCGAUUAAAAGACAAUAAAACAAUAAAAAAUAAUAAAAAUCAACCACAAAAAUUUAAUCAAUUAAAUAAAUUAACAUAUAAUUAUAAACCAAAUGGUAGUCUAUCAUCGUUAACAUCAUCAUUUAAACCUCCUCCAAUACAUACGGUGAAAUAUUAG